GGCCCCGCCUGCCCGGCAUGGCGGAGGAGCGGCGCUUUCUCUCGGCCUCCGGGGUGCCGAUCGCGCUGCGGCGCCGCCAGCACAGCGCGUCCUGCCGGGAGCUGGCGGUGCGCGGCCCCCGCCUGCAGCUGCGCUCGCUCAGCGCCGCCACCUCCGCCGUCUGGCUGGCGGCCUACGGGCUCUUCGCGCUCAGCGAGAACAGCAUGGUGCUCUCUGCUGCCAUCUUCAUCACGCUGAUUGGCCUGAUCAUAUACCUGCACUUUGUGAAGAUUGACCAGGAAUCCCUGCUGGUCAUCGGCUCACUCGGCAUUCAGGUGACUUCAUCCUAUGCCUCAGGGAAAGAGAGCACAACCUUCAUUGAGAUGGGUCAAGUGAAGGAUGUGGUUAUCAAUGAAGCCAUCCAUAUGCAAAAAGUUAUCUACUACCUGUGUAUCCUCCUCCAGGACCCUGAAGAUCCUCAGGGAGUAUCUGAGGUUGUGCCACUCUUCCAGUUUUGUUUUCCUGGAAAUAUCUUAGCACUGGUGGAGUUGACUCCAGCAGCAAAGGAGAGCUGCAAGCCACGACUGGACUGCUUGAUAGAAGUGUACAAAAGUUGUCAAGAGAUCCUGGAGCAGAGGAAGACAGCUCACAAUCAAGUGAAAUAAAAUAGCUGAAAAAAAGAC